AUCCAGCUGUUGAGCGCGUAUACGAACGCUCCACUCUUUACCCCGCGAAGAAAAUUAUGAAUGUGGGAUCUCCUCUCUUUAGGCGCGUGGUUACACCACACCUAUCUCAAUCCGAUCCCCAACACAUUUACAAAUAGAAUCUGUGAUUGUGGUCGAGACACACCAUACAAAAGAAGAAAGCACAUCCAAGCCCUGAACAGACCCAUCUGAGUCUUCUUUUCUGCGAGCCAUGGUGUCCAGAUGUAUAAGCUUCCAUCCCCACCACCACCCUUUUCUGUCUUCUUUACUAAUUACUCAAACCUCAAAACCCACAUCUUAUAUUUCCAGUGAAACGCCAUUUUCACCCCGUAAAACAAGCUUCAGUUUAACCCAAAACAUAGCUCGGUUCAGAACUUGCACCGAAAAGAAUUUCACUCCCAUGGCGUUGCAUCCCGCGUCCAAUCAAACCCCAGAAUUUGAUGAAUUCGAUUCCGAUCCGACGCUCACCAACGAUGAUCUUAAGCCAACAUCUCCCAAAGAAAGGACGCUUUCUUGGUCGGAAAUGGCAAGUCUCUGGAUCGGUCUUGUUGUGGGUGUACCUUCCUAUUAUCUCGCCGGCAGUCUCGUGGAUCUCGGCAUGGCGUGGUGGCAAGGAAUCGCCACGGUCGUAGCUGCCAACAUGAUCUUGUUGAUCCCUUUAGUUCUCACGGGUCACCCUGGUACAGCAUACGGCAUCCCCUUCCCUGUCCUCGCUCGGUCGGCGUUUGGUAUUCGCGGCGCCCAUAUUCCGACUCUUCUCAGAGCUCUCGUCGGUUGCGGCUGGUACGGUAUUGAAACUUGGAUUGGCGGUGAAGCGAUUUAUCUUCUCUUACCAAAUUCAAUAAAAAGUUCAUCACUUUCUCAAACUGUUCCGUGGCUUGGCACAUCGGUUCUUGAAUUUAGCUGCUUUAUUCUCUUCUGGGUAGCUCAGUUAACCAGUGUUUGGAAAGGCAUGGAAGGAAUCAGAGAGCUUGAAAAGUACUCAGCGCCAGUUCUUAUGUUACUUACCGGUUGUCUUUUAACUUGGGCGUAUGUCAAUGCCGGUGGGUUUGGUCAUAUGCUGACUCUAUCUUCCAAGCUUUCGUCUUCCCAAUUCUGGUCACUCUUCUUCCCUUCUCUCACCGCUAAUAUAAGCUUCUGGGCAACUCUGGCGCUCAACAUCCCAGAUUUCACCCGCUAUGCCAGGAGCCAGACCGAUCAAAUCAUCGGCCAGGCCGGUCUUCCAAUCUUCAUGGGCGUAUUUACUUUUGUCGGACUCGCAGUAACCUCAUCCACUAAAGUAAUUUUCGGCCAAGUGAUUUCCAGUCCAAUCCAACUUCUGGGUCGAAUCGGAGGAUUCACAACGACGAUUCUCUCCAUUUUCGGGAUAACUCUUGCAAUCAUCACAACCAAUAUUGCAGCUAACGUCGUCGCCCCUGCUAAUGCUCUCGUCAAUCUAGACCCUUCAAGGUUCACUUUUAGGAAAGGAGCUUUACUAACUGCACUUGUGGGAAUUGCUUUUCAGCCAUGGAGACUGCUGAAAUCCAGCGAGAGCUUCGUCUAUACAUGGCUAGUUGGCUACUCUGCGUUGCUUGGUCCAAUUGGGGGAAUAAUUUUAGCAGACUACUAUCUUGUUCGCCGCACAAAGUUAAGCCUGGUAGAUUUAUAUUCGUCAUCUCCCUACGCAGCAUAUUAUUACUCCGGCGGCUAUAAUCUGGCGGCUGUGGCUGCUUUGAUCGUCGGGAUACUGCCGGUGAUUCCAGGUUUCUUGCAGAAGGUUGGAGUUGUGUCUAAAGUUUCAGAUUCAUUUGUGGUGAUAUAUAACAAUGCCUGGUUUUUCAGCUUCUUCUCCGCUGGCUUUGUCUACUGGGUUUUAUCGUGUUUGAGAAAAAAACAGAACAAGUGUACGCCAUUGGAUCCUCUUUUGCCUUCUUCUGCAUAAGUUUUUUAGGCUUCUCCUUGGUUGAUCCUCUCAAUUAAAUCUUGUAUAAUCGUUCUGUACAGGCUUUCCAUAAAUACAUACAUAAUUAUUCAAGUGAUAAUAAUUUUUUGAACAAU